AUGGCUACAAAUUCUAUCAAACUUUUGGCACCCGAUGUCCACAGAGGACUAGCAGAGUUGGUGUCGAAAAGAUUGGGUGUCCAAUUGACAGAUACUGUAUUGAAGAGAGAUCCUACGGGUGAAGUUUCAUUCUCUAUAGGUGAAUCGGUCAGAGAUCAGGACAUAUUUAUAAUUACACAGAUUGGAUCCGGUAUCGUCAAUGACAGGGUUUUGGAACUCCUAAUCAUGAUAAAUGCCUCCAAGACAGCAUCUGCAAGAAGAGUCACCGCAAUAAUCCCAAAUUUCCCGUAUGCUCGCCAAGAUCGAAAAGACAAAUCUCGUGCUCCAAUCACCGCAAAGUUAAUGGCAGACAUGCUAACUACCGCUGGUUGUGAUCAUGUUAUCACAAUGGAUUUACACGCCUCACAAAUACAAGGGUUUUUCGAUGUUCCUGUAGAUAACCUGUAUGCUGAACCCAGUGUGGUGAGAUACAUCAAAGAGAACGUCAACUACAAGGAAUCUAUAAUAAUCUCUCCCGAUGCAGGCGGAGCGAAACGUGCGGCAACCUUGGCCGAUCGUUUAGAUUUAAAUUUUGCUUUGAUCCAUAAGGAAAGAGCUCGUGCCAAUGAGGUCUCCCGUAUGGUCCUCGUUGGUGAUGUUACGGAUAAAAUUUGUAUCAUCGUUGAUGAUAUGGCUGAUACCUGCGGUACUUUAGCAAAAGCGGCUGAAAUAUUACUUGAGAAUCAGGCUAAAUCCGUUAUUGCCAUCGUUACACAUGGGGUGUUAUCAGGAAAAGCUAUACAAAAUAUAAACAAUUCAAAGCUUGAUAGAGUUGUUUGUACCAAUACAGUGCCAUUUGAGGAGAAGAUGAAAGAUUGUCCUAAACUAGAUGUCAUCGAUAUUAGCAGCGUUUUGGCAGAAAGUAUUCGCAGAUUGCAUAAUGGUGAAAGUAUAUCUUAUCUGUUUAAGCACUAUCCUCUAUAA